ACGCGCGCACAGACACACUCGGUCGCGCCGCAAAGAGCCGUAAACCGUUGGCGCAUGCGCACUGCCCGCUCGAUUCAUUGCCCUCUCCGGAGCAGAGCUACAAGGUUGAAAGUUGAAAAAGCGGAGAGGAAACCCAACGUGCUCGUGCUUCCUGAGAUGCGAGGGCUGGCCCAUGGGGGUGAGUCGGCUGGACGUGGUCUACAGAAGGUUGCUCCUCACCAAACUCUUCAUUGGGGGAUGGGGGAAGCCUGAAGACCUCAAAAGAGAACGGUGCAGGACUCUGGUGCCUAAGGACUACCCGGUCUACAUCAACAAGACAGAGGAGCUGACUGACUGCUUCAUCCACGAUGGCUACUUCACGUCUCCUCUUGAGCACUUGGUGCCCGGAAUCUUGCCACCUGAGGCAGUCAAGGCCAGCGGUGGAAGAAGAACAGACCAGUAUGCAUCCAGUUGGCUGGGACAGGAGACCACGCGGUCCAGCCUGAAGAAUGUGUCCGACCUGUUUGUGAUGGGGGGGGCUUUGAUCCUGGAGUCCACAGUCCUCCUCCGCUGGCUAGAGAGAGAAGGAUACUGGCCACUUGGAAUGACUGGCAUCUCCAUGGGAGGAUAUAUGGCGUCCUUAGCGGUUACCAACUGGCCCAAACCCAUUCCCUUAAUUCCUUGUUUAUCCUGGUCCACUGCUUCUAGCGUGUUCACGACGGGUGUGCUGAGUCGAGCGGUGAACUGGAGCGAGCUGGAGAAGCAGUAUGCUGUGAAUUCAGUGUAUGAAAAUGAGAUCAUAAAGCUACUGGAGUACUGCGGGGCCGAUUCCUUUAAGAUGGAGCACCUGAGGAAUGAAGGCACUUUAGGCCGCCUCUUCGGUUUACCUGAAGAUGUGAGGAUGUCGUUGCAUCAGCACGUCGAGGCAAAAGAGAAGUCGGAAAUGAGUGGAGGCCUCCAGAGGGUCAGGGCUGGAGACGGGGAUCACUUUGUGUCAUCGGCGAACAGGAGCGGACCAAACUCAGACCCCCUAACGAGUGCACAACAUGGGAAACGGAGCGUUUCAGCCAAAUGCUGCCGGCCGUCGCUGCACUUGGAAUCCAUAAGCUUCAUGAAGGGAGUGAUGGAUGAAUGCACACACAUGGCCAACUUCUCUGACACAGGCCUCAUCGUUGUGGUCCAGGCCAAAGAGGAUGCGUACAUUCCUCGUGCAGGGGUCCUGGGUCUGCAGGAGAUCUGGCCUGGGUGUGAGAUCAGAUACCUGAAUGGAGGACACAUCAGCGCGUACCUGUUUAAACAGAAUGUCUUCAGACAAGCCAUCUACGACGCAUUUAACAGAUUUUGCCAGAAGUAUCCAAACCUGCACUAACAUAAGAGGCCGAGGCCCAGCGAGCCGAGGGGCCGCCGGCUGCACAGAUGCCUUCAAUCACCAACAGAGAAGUGCCGGUCGAGAUCUCCUCUGAGAGAAGACCGUCUGAGACGUGAGCGGAAGCAUGCGAGCACAGUCACCGUGUGAGCCUCCAGACUUCCUGCGUCCACAUGGGGAAAUGAUGAUUUUUGUGCAGUGUGUCUACUAGUGUGUGAUCCCUGACGCUUGAGUUAGGGCCGUUUUUAACAGACUGAGUACCUUCUGUAUUCCCGUUUUUUUACGGCAUGCGUUUCACAGUAUUCCACCUCCGUCCCUUUCUGGAUGCAUCCAUUUAUACAAAAUGGUAAUAUUGUUCAGAUAUGAUGAUUAUGUGAAGAACUGAUGAGCUCACUGCACUAAAUGAUAAAUGAGAGAAGAAUGAAUAACCCUGAAGACUGAUUACUGAUGAGAAGCAAUACCUUAUUUUUCUUUUUAUAGGUCUGUUCCCCGCCCUGAGUGGAACACUGUACACUUUGUAAUUUUUUAACAAGAUUAUAUUUGCAAACUGAUUGAACUGAAAGUUGUUCAUUUGUAUCUGUGGCAGACUAUUACUAAAAUACCAUGGAAAUAACUAA